UCCUGCCAAAUUGUAAGCUACCAUGGCAACCGAGCAACAAGAUGAGCUCGAGCGAGACAGGAACAGUUGUUAGUAGUGUAGAGUUGCCGGACGAGAAGCCUAAAGCUAAAGGAGCAGUGCUAUUUACAGGUCCAGAUGGCAUAGGAGACUACAAAGUGAACGUUCAAGAUCAUUUUUAUGUCGGGCAUGGAGCUAUGUCAUCAGAAGCAACUAGUAAUACAACGUAUCUCUGUCGUGCAUCCACAGAUACGCCACAUCCACCUCCAAAGUCACUGCGUGUAGGUGAAGUUGGUUGGGGUGUACCAGGCAAUGCUGAUUACUCAUUACUGAAGACUGGGAACCAGAUUAUAUUAAAAGAGUUCCGAGGGAGAACAGAAGAAAGAUACACUCAUCGUUUCCAAGAACCUUACUAUCCACCUCCAUCAGCUUCAAUGCAUCCACAGGCACAAGAUUUAGAGUCUGUUUCUAACGACUCAAUGCAAUCUGUAGCAAAACAAUAAAACAUACAACAGGUCAAGCAGAAAGAAGAUUUAAAAAAGCAUACAGAAAUGGACAAAAUGAUUGAAAUUCUCAUUAAAAAAAAAUAUCGUUAAAGUUUCUAUUUCUA